AUGAUCUGCUUCAUCCUCUUCCAGAACCUGGUCGGCAAGACACAUCUAGUCAAGUGGUACGUGCAGUUUGAUGACAGUGAGAAACCAAAGUUGAUAGAGGAGGUGCACGCCACCAGAGUCACUGUUGGAGAUGCCAAAACACCAAACUUUGUGGAGAUCUUAAACAAAUAUUGCGACAAUGUUUGCGAAUUGUCUGCUUUUACAUCCAAGGUUUAUUCGGUGACAGACUUGACGUUGGUGACUAGCAAGAUCUGUGAGACCAGCCAGAUGAAGGUGCUGAAACAGCGGCUGAGGCUGCAGUCCCUGGAGUCCAUGCCUGGGGACCACCUCUGA